ACUCGUCUCUCUAGAUAAAGUUGGACUUCUUCUAUUCUACUCCAUUGGUCCCAUAGGAUAUGGGUCUAUUAUAGUGGUUGACUUUGAACUGGCCCAACUAUGGUCAUGCUUAUGGGAAGCCACUAUGUGGUACUAUUGCUCCUACUCUAGAGGCCUGAUACAAAGGACACCAGCUGAGUUGUAGUGCAGUUACGACUGUAAUAAACUCAAUGGAAGUCUGCGUAACGCUGUGUUUGUUAGCCGUCAGUCAGUCGAGCCGAUAUGGCGACCAGGAAGAAUCAGCGUUUUAGAGCCGCUUCUCCUUUCUGAAACUUUAAAAUGCUUCAAGUCAGCGCAGUUGGAUCGUAAAGGAACGCACCUCGGUCAACACACUGUUGGAAAAUAUACACGUGGACAAAUCGGAAGGAAAAAGGGUGUGUGAGGGUAGUAGAGAGGCUGAUUCUGCUGACUGAGGCGCCAUGGUGGAGCCAGGGGACAGGGAGGUGGCUGGCCAGAGGCUGGGGAUCCCAGAGAGUUUAGGGGUGUCUACCCUGGAACCAGGUCAGCGACCCCCAACCACGCCCCCAGGACGACAGGUCUCUAUCCGGGUACAGCUGCUGGACGACGUCACCGAGGUCUUCGACAUAUCACAACGAGCCCCAGCCAAGGCUCUUUUUGACCUGGUGUGUGUCCAUCUGAACCUGGCUGAAAGAGACUACUUCGGUCUCCAGUACCAGAACCCCAGGAGGAUGAUGGUCUGGUUGGACCUGCUGAAGCCCACCCUGAAACAGAUCAGACGCCCUAAGAACACCAUCCUUCGUUUUGUGGUGAAGUUCUUCCCUCCUGACCACACACAGCUGCUGGAGGAGCUGACACGGUACCUGUUUGCUCUCCAGAUAAAGCAUGAUCUGGCGUGUGGACGUCUGACCUGCAACGACACCAGUGCUGCCCUGCUGGUCUCUCAUAUCGUCCAGUCUGAGAUCGGGGACUUUGACGAGGUCCAGAGUUUUCAGCACCUUCUUCACAACAAGUACAUGCCUAACCAGGACGCUCUGAUGGACAAGAUCACAGAGUACCACCACAAGCACGUAGGACAGACGCCAGCGGAGUCAGACUAUCAGCUACUGGAGAUCGCCCGGCGGUUGGAGAUGUACGGAGUCAGGCUCCACCCUGCUAAGGACCGAGAGGGGACCAAGCUCAGUCUGGCUGUGUCUCAUAUUGGACUGCUGGUGUUUCAGGGACACACUAAGAUCAAUGCUUUUAACUGGUCUAAAGUCCGCAAGCUCAGCUUCAAGAGGAAACGUUUUCUCAUCAAACUCAGACCAGACCUCAAUCAGAGUGCAUACCAGGACACUCUGGAGUUUGUGAUGGCCAGUAGAGACUGCUGUAAGAUCUUCUGGAAAAUAUGUGUGGAGUACCACGCCUUCUUCAGACUGUUUGAGGAACCCAAACCCAAAGCCAAAGCUGUUCUCUUCACCAGAGGGUCCUCCUUCAGGUUUAGCGGUCGGACACAGAAGCAAGUUUUCGAUUACGUCAAGGACUCAGAGUUCCAAAAGGUCCCUUUUGAAAGGAAACACAGUAAGAAGGUGUCCGGCAGCAGCCUGACACCCCAGGAUAGAAAGACAUCCACAGUGCCACAAGAGAGUGCCUCAGUGAACCAGACAGACUCUCCUCUCAGGUUGACCCUCCAGGCCCCGGUGGACGACCCUACAGUGACCAACGGCCACCAGGCUGGACCAGGGGGACCAGAGGCCCAGGCCCUACCCUCCACCACGGGACACCCAGAGCAGCAGAUCUCAGGUCCAGUCCGGCAGGCAGCUGAAGGCAGCAGCUCUUCUAUCUCCUACAUCCACUGUUCUGGUGUGAUCUCAGGCAGCCCUCCAGUGGUGGUGAAUGGGCAGAAAGCCUUUCCCUUCGGCCCGGGUCAGAGCUCCAAUGGGCACCAGCCCUCGCCCAUCAACGCCCAUUCCUCCCCCCUCUCAUCCCCCCUGUUCACUGACGCUGGCUACGUCCGCACGGAUGACGAGGACGAGGUUCGGAGGAAGAAGUGUCCGACUGACAAGGCCUACUUCAUCGCCAAGGAGCUUCUCACCACAGAGAGAACCUUUCAGAAGGACCUGGCAGUUAUAACCGUGUGGUUCCAGGCUGUGCUGGGUAAAGAGGACAUCCUGCCAGACUCAGUGAGGACUCUGAUCAACACCAACUAUGAUCCAGUCUAUCAGUUACACCAGGCCUUCCUCAAGGAGGUGGAGCAGAGGCUGCAGCAAUGGGAGGGCCGGUCCAACGCCCACAUUAAAGGAGACUACCAGCGUGUCGGUGACGUAAUGCUGAAGAAUAUUCAGGGGUUAAAGCAGUUGACGUCCCUCCUGCAGCGUCACGGUGAGGUGUUGGUUGAGUUGGAGCGUUCGUGCCGUGCCUCCCAGCGGCUGCAGGAGUUGUGUCGAGAGUUUGAGCAGCAGAAGGUGUGUUACCUGUCCCUGAACAUGUUCCUGCUACGCCCCCUGCAUCGUCUGCUGCACUACAAACUGAUUCUGGAGAGACUCUGCAAACACUACCCCCCCACACACCAAGACUUCAGAGACAGCAGAGCUGCCCUAGCUGAUAUAUCAGAGAUGGUGCUGCAGCUUCAGGGAACCAUGAUGAAGAUGGAGAACAUCCAGAAGCUUCUAGAACUGAAGAAAGAUCUGACAGGCAUCCAGGACCUGGCUAUACCUGGCAGGGAGUUUAUCAGACUGGGCUGUCUUAGUAAGCUCUCAGGGAAAGGACUACAGCAAAGAAUGUUCUUCCUGUUCAGUGAUUCCCUGGUGUACACCAGCAGAGGUAUGACAGCAGACAACCAGUUCAAAGUUCACGGCCAGCUGCCUCUCUACGGCAUGACAAUCAGGGAGAGUGAGGAUGAGUGGGGAGUUCCUCAUUCCUUCACUCUGUUUGGUCAGCGCCAGUCUGUCGUCGUGGCAGCAAGCUGUGUAUCAGAGAUGGUGAAAUGGAUGGAGGACAUCAGGAUGGCUGUAGUCCUGGUAGAGCAGAGUAACAGACCUUCUGCUGAUCUACUGUCCACCAGUCGAUCAGACCGCAAGUCUCCAGAAGAGGGAGGUGUGGAGGCUGAGUCAGAGGAGGAGCUGAGUGCGUCUCGUAGCUCAUUGGAGCGUCAGUCAGCACAGAGAGGAAACACGACGGUUCAUGUCUGCUGGCACCGCAACACCUCUGUGUCCAUGGUGGACUUUAGUGUGGCUGUGGAGAACCAGUUAUCAGGUAACCUGCUGAGGAAGUUUAAGAACAGUAAUGGAUGGCAGAAACUCUGGGUGGUCUUCACCAACUUCAGCCUGUUCUUCUACAAGUCACAUCAGGAUGACUACCCUCUGGCCAGCCUCCCGUUGCUAGGCUACUCGUUGACGGUUCCCGCGGAGACAGAGAACAUCCAGAAGGACUAUGUUUUCAAGCUCCACUUCAAGUCUCAUGUGUACUACUUCAGAUCAGAGAGCCAGUACACCUUCCAGAGGUGGAUGGAGGUGAUCCGUAGUGCUACCUGUUAAGCUAGUCGACCCCUCCUGAGCCAGAGGAAGGAUCCUUACUGACCACGGAGCCAGUGAGGACUAGGAGGACACUGACCAACCCUCUUCUAGACGGCUCCUUCCUGUCCUUUAGGCCUCUUCUAGACUGCUCCUUCCUGUCCUUUAGCCUCUUCUAGACGGCUCCUUCCUGCCCUUUAGGCCUCUUCUAGACGGCUCCUUCCUGCCCUUUAGGCCUCUUCUAGACGACUCCUUCCUGCCCUUUAGGCCUCUUCUAGACGACUCCUUCCUGCCCUUUAGGCCUCUUCUAGACGGCUCCUUCCUGCCCUUUAGGCCUCUUCUAGACGGCUCCUUCCUGCCCUUUAGGCCUCUUCUAGACGGCUCCUUCCUGCCCUUUAGGCCUCUUCUAGACGGCUCCUUCCCGUCCUUUAGGCCUCUUCUUUCACCCUGCCCUCUUCACCUCUGGAGUACCGGCUCACUUUACUCCAGGUUACUUUACUAACCACCUGUCUGUAUUGUCACGACGUGGCCCUUUUGGGUGUAUAUCCUCCUUCUCUCUCUCCCACCACAGGUGUUAUUACCUCGGCCAUACCUUCCUGUCUGAAAACUCUCCUCACUGCCAUGCAGUAUUGAGGGAGAGAGAACAAAGUGCUUCUCUUGCCAAAACUCCUAAUAUCCAAAAUUGGAGUAUUAAACGAUAUUUAUAUUUUUGAGAAUGUGGGAAUAGUCCGUGGGUACCUAAAGAACAAUCAUCAUCGCGUUUGGUUCAUUUGGUGACCUCAUGAAAGACAGGAGACCCACAUGACUGUAUCUCUGUUUGUGUUUUCACUUCUCAGAUGUACAUCCAAAUGUUGGAUAAAAUGAAUGAGUAAUUCUGAAACUAUUUGUGAAAAGAUUUAAUGUGAUGUUAGCCUUCUAAAUGAGAGUAUUGAUUUUCAUAUAAAAAGAUUAACUAGUCAGUGGCCACGCCCCCAUGAGGCCAGACAUCAGGCAUCAUGAAAUCGCCCCUUCUUCCAUAGAGUAUAAACCACUUCCUAUAAAAUGGACAUUGUCAGAGAACGCCGGGACGGAGUCCCCACGUUGAAAUGGCUACAACUCUAUAGGCCCUUACAUCAGAAAACAGGAAGGGGUAGCUACAUGUGAAAUGGUUAAGAACUACAACU